UAAGAGGGACAAAAGAUGAAAAGGGGGGCGGGGGCACUGAGUCACACAGGAGUGAUCAAGAGUAAUUCAUUAGUCCUCUGUGAAGAGGAAAGUAAAAUCAGGCUUAUUAUCUACUUCUCCUGCUCUGUUUUUCUUCGUAACAAUCAGGAGGAGAGGCGGGUGGUGUACGUGGGGCGACUGAGGUCCGACUGCACCCGGACAGAGUUGAAGCGCCGCUUUGAAGUCUUUGGCGAGAUUGAAGAAUGUGCAGUGAACUUAAGGGACGACGGGGACAAUUUUGGCUUCAUCAUGUACCGGUACCCUUGUGAUGCCUUUGCCGCCCUUGAGAACGGACACACCUUACGGAGAUCAAAUGAGCCUCAGUUCGAGCUGUGCUUUGGCGGACAAAAGCAGUUCUGCAAAUCACAUUACACAGACUUGGACUCCCAUUCUGAUGACUUCGAUCCUGCCUCCACAAAAAGCAAGUACGACUCGAUGGAUUUUGACAGCUUGCUGAGGGAGGCUCAGCGCAGCCUGAGUAGGUAACCAGUUCAGUGGCGCCUGCUGUCUGUCACAAAGAGGAACUUCUGAUACCUCACUGUUGUUUGUCGCUGCUCCGACAACGAGACUACUAGACAUUUUACACUCUGUUGUAGAGUAUAGAGGAAGAAAAAAUCUUUAGACAUAUGUCAAUAUAAAUGAAUAUAUAUCAAAAUAAAGUUUACACAAACAUAGCUGCUGAAAGCUGGAAGAGACUUUGUGGGGAAAAGCCAGUGAACCCUCAGUACCCGUGCACGUUGGUGCACCCCACUGCUGUACAAGGAUCAGUGAAAGGAGAACAACAACAAAAAAAAAAUACUUUAAAUGAUUUUAUUUCUCUCAGCACUACAAUACCCACAAUUCUAUGGGGUGGAAACAUGCAGCUUUUUUAGCCAGACUUGUUUUCUUUUGCUGAUGACUUUCUGCUUUAUUUUUUAAAUCCGGUGUUUGGAUCUGGUGUUACAUUACAGGAAGGUGGAAAUUCUUGACGUAAUGUUGUCUGCGUUUUACGACAACACUGUAGCCGCAUAUUUACAAAUACUAUAAAAAGGAAUAUUUUUUAUUUUCUGUACAUAUCUGAUAAAGUUCUUUAUUUGUUACAGCUAUGCACUGUAAAACGCAGCCUUUUUCCUUAACAAAAAUAUUAAGUUGGAGAAAAAUUUCUUAAUUCAGAAUGUCGAUCUGUAGUGAUUACAAUACUGUAAAGCAUAUUGUACACCUAGAUGUGAUUGUUUAAAAAAAGUGUAAGAUUGCUCAUUUUGGGGGAGCAUGUGAAGAAACAUCCUUUUUUUAAGUUUUUUUUGUUGUAGAAAAAAGUCAACCAUGUAUAGUUUUCUCUGUUUAUAAAGUUUCUCAAUCAGUGUUUUUGCUUAUACAACCAGUGUAAAAUGCAUUUUUAACGUGUUUUUCAUGAUUGUAAAAAAUGGGCCCCAUUUUUUAAAUUGUUAAUUAUGUGGUUUCUGAAGCAAUCAGUAUCUACACACUCGGUUUGAUUUCAUUGCUUUAUUAGUUUUUCUUUUUGGUUUAUUCACGGUGUGAGGGAAAAAAAAAUUACUUAAUUCAGAUCUUUCGAAUCACUACGCGUGCAUAUUUAUUUAUUUAAUAUUUGAAUCAAAUAUUUAUGGUCUCCAGUUCAUGUGGCGUAUCAAAUUGAUUUUAUUUGCUAUUUAUGUUGUUCUCUGAUUUGUGUUAUUUAACUUACAAUCACGAGACAGGGUGUACGAUAAAAGGUUUGGUGGGGAUAAUAUUACCUUCUAUGCCUUUCAGAAACAAUCAAAACAUUCAGCUAAUCACUCCAGCAGGCAGCCCCUCUUCAGACGCGCUGCUCAUCAUUUUAAUGAUUUCUGCCUCCAGCACGGCGGCUCGUUCCGACCCGCGGUGCAUCCCCGCUUCUCUUUCCACACACACACGCAAGAACAUGAAGCAAUAAAACUAUUUGGUUGUGUUGUACCACACUUGUCAUCGCUCCGAUCGCGCUUGAUUAUGUGAACGCCAAACAAAAGUUUACAAUUUGUUUUUGUCUCCUGGAUUUUUUAAAGACGUUUUGAUGUACAAUGUAUGUCUAUAUAUAUAUAUAUAUAUAUAUAUGUAUAUAUAAUGUAUAAAUACUACUAAUAUUAUUCACAAGAUGAUUAAUAAUAAUGAUGAUAAUAUAAAUAAAAGAAAAACUAUAUAAAAAGCAAUAAAUUAUUUUUCAGAGUUGUAUUUUAGCUCCUAUUGUUGUGUGAUUUUUCGGACUUGACCCAUUACCCAGUCGCUGGUAGCUACAAUGACGUCAUUCCGUCAUCGUGGCGUUACCGAGUGUUGUAACCACUUGGAAAAUCUCAGCUUCCAUCUGCUAUCCCCUUUCAGAUGUAAUCGAGUCGACGUAACUGUAAUGCAUUACCUCGUGACACCUGUGUAAGUGACUCUAGCGCCACCGUGUGUGUAAUGCGUGGUGGUUUGUCGUGUCGUGCAUGGCUACAAUCUGUACAGUGUAUACCAGCGCCAUUCAGAUUUUAAAUGAUAAGCCUGGAGAAAAGUGACUUCCUGACGUAUCGCAUGCCGCACUGUUUCCCAUCAGCCAUCUGGGUUUUUUUUUUCCAGUAGAUUUCACAGUGGUGUGACUUAACCUUUUGGUUUCUUGUAAUUAAUAUCCCAUUUUGAGUAUGGAGAAAACCAGAGGAAGGGGAAGAAAAAGUCUACAUUGUAACUUUUGCUGACUACAGGCUGUCCCUCAUGGAAUUUUUACCGCAAACGGGUCAUUUUUUUACGAUGGAAAGUGGCAAAAUCUCAGAGAUGAAAGUCUUCCGAAAGUUCCCAGAUUUCCAGGUUUGGAGCAUACAGCAGUUUAUACCCCACAUUUUUUGAAUUUAUGUGGUGCAUCGUAAUAUGAACAGACUGCAUUAAGAAAUCGUAAAUGAUGCUCAUACAAAUGGCGGAUGACACUAACAAAAAAAACGAACGUGUUGAUGGGGAAAAAAAGAUCUGGGCAUUAUAUUCCAAUUAGGAAAAAAGCAAAAGAAAUCUGUCACUGUAACAGUCUUGAAUAGUAUCGACAGCCACGGCAGCUGAACUUUCCAUCAUCUGGUUUACAGUCGACAGCGCAACACCAAUAAGUGAAUGUAGCAUUACAGCGGUAAAUGCAAACUGUGUCAACUACCGAGUUUGCUAUCCCUGGAUAACAAUAACUAAAAUUUGCAUUUUUUAAUAAGUUCCACCAGUAAUCAGACACACCACAAAGGCAUAAGAGAAGGUGGGUUUCCAUUACCUCAACACUGUGAAGUAGCGAAAUGAAAUAUCGCAAAA